AUGAGCAAAUCCUCUAAUGCGCCUGAGCGCGACGGCAAAGGUGUCCCCGAUGAUACCGAUGAUAGUGGUGAUGAGGAUGUCUUCCACGAUGCCCACUUCCCCGCCGAGGAAGAAGCCCAACUCCUAAAAGAAGCCCACGAAAUCAAAGCCGAGGCAAAUCAGCUGUUUAUCGCAAAAAGUUAUGACCAAGCCAUUUCCUGUUACGACCGAGCUCUCGCUUCCUGCCCGAUCUACCUUGACUACGAUGUCGCCAUAAUCCACAGUAAUAUCGCUGCAUGCCAUCUAAAAUUGGAAGACUGGAAGGCCGCAGUAGACUCCGCGACUGUCUCCAUCGAACGGCUCAACAAGAUUAUUCCGCCUACACCAGAGGAUAAGGGCGAUGACUCGAAGGGGAAACAAGCACCAAAACCCGACAAUAAACACACAGAUGCAGUGGUUGAACUAUCUGGAGAUGACGAGGAAGCCGAGUUGAAGGAACUGCAACGAUUGCAAGAAGAGGAUGAGCAGAGGAGCAAGGUGAUGCGACUUCGAGCCAAAGUCCUCAUGAGACGCGCAAAGGCGAAGACCCAAAUUGGUGGCUGGGGUAGUCUGCAAGGUGCCGCAGAGGACUAUCAGGCUCUUGCUGCCAUUGAAAGCCUACCGGCAGAUGAUAAAAGAGUCGUUCAGCGGGCAUUACGGGAACUCCCUGAGCGCAUUAAUAAGGCGCGGGAGAAGGAGAUGGGCGAUAUGAUGGGCAAGCUAAAAGACCUUGGUAAUGGGAUCUUGAGUCCAUUUGGUCUGUCCACUGACAACUUCAAGUUCGUCCAGGACCCGAAGACAGGUGGCUACAGCAUGAACUUCCAAUCUUGA